AUGCAUUUAGCGAAGUUGCAGAAUUUUUUUUCGAGACCAUUUCGAAGCAAUGCACUGAAACGAACAAAAAGUGCCACAAAGUUGGAGAGAAAACGAAAUUGCAGUCGCAAUAAUCUAAACGCACGUAAUAUCCUUCGACGAUCCGUAGAAAACGUUUGUGGCGUGGAUCAAGCGGUGAAUGGCCAUUCAGUAUUUCGCCGUUAUUUUCCAGUGCAACGAGAAAAAGAUUCAUUAAGACCAAGUCGUUCGCAUGAAAGUUUGUUAGCAUAUUCCUCUGCAACGCAUAUGAUUGACUUGGAUGGAGCAGAAAUGCGUAUUCAUCCCAUUCACUUGUCAGCAAUGAACGUACCAAACUGCUUCAGACUUGAAAAUACUUACUACGCCUGUCGUAACCCACGUGAACGAAACAGAUGGAUUGAAAGGUUAGUCGGAGUUGCAAAGCAACUUUUUUUUUCUUCUGCGUGA